AUGGCCGCCUCCACCAUGUCUGUCUGCUCUGACGCCUGUACCAACUCCUCCUGGCAGGUGGACGACUGCCCAGAGAGCUGCUGUGAGCCCAGCUGCUGUGCCCCCAGCUGCUGCCAGUCCAGCUGCUGUGCCCCCAGCUGCUGCCAGUCCAGCUGCUGUGUGCCUAGCUGCUGCCAGCCCAGCUGCUGCCAGCCCAGCUGCUGCACUCCAGCCUCCUGCCUGACCCUCAUCUGUACCCCAGUGAGCUGUGUGUCCAGCCCCUGCUGCCAAUCUGUCUGCUGCACACCCUCAUGCUGCCAGCCAGCAUGCUGUACCUGCUCCCCCUGUUGUGUGACCCUUUGCUGCAAGCCCGUCUGCUGCACACCCAUCUGCUCUGGAUCCUCCCCAUGCUGCCAGCAGUCUAGCUGCCAGCCCUCAUGCUGUCAAUCCUCCUGCUGUGUGCCUGUCUGCUGCAAACCUGUCUGCUGCACACCCAUCUGCUCUGGAUCCCCAUGCUGCCAGCAGUCUAGCUGCCAGCCCUCAUGCUGUCAAUCCUCCUGCUGUAUGCCAGUCUGUUGCAAGCCUGUCUGCUGCAAGCCCUGCUCCAGUGUGUCCCUGCUCUGCCGCCCUGUGUGCAGACCCGCCUGCUGUGUGCCCACCUCCUCCUGCUGUGCCUCUUCCUGCCAGCCCAGCUGCUGCAAGCCCUGCUCCAGCAUGUCCCUGCUCUGCCGCCCUGCCUGCUCCCGCCAGGCCUGCUGUGGUCUCUGCUCUGGCCAGAAGUCCAGCUGCUGA